AGGAAGGAGAAGGAAACGGCAGCAGUCAAGUCAGCAAGAGCCCUCCCCGGGAAGCCUCGGCGGCGUCUGCGGUUGCCUUCGCCCCAGCUCGCUUGGCACACGCGGCACAGCCACGCACAGGGCAGCGGGAGGCGGGCGAGGAGCCUUGGUUGUAGCCGCGCUGCUUUCCCAACCGGCCAGUGCCGAGGCAGGGACUCAUGAGGAAGCAUCUCCGCUGCCUUUGAAGGCUGCCGGCGGGUCUGUGGGAGGCUCGUCUGUUUCCUGCCGACUCAAUCGUUUGCGCGCCGACUUCGGAGACCUCGGCGCCUUGGAGGAGGAGAGGGAAGCAUGGAGGUCAACGCAGGUGGUGUGAUCGCUUACAUCAGCUCUUCAAGUUCUGCCUCAAGCCCCGCCUCAUGCCAUAGUGAGGGCUCAGAGAGCAGUUUCCAGUCAUCCUCUUCACCAGUACCACCAUCACCAAACAGUUCCUCAUCAGAAGGUAGCUGUAACAGCAGGAACAGAAAUAGCUCUGAUGGAAUAUCCAAGAGUGAACUGCUUGAUGAUCACAUCAGAACAAGCCAAUCGGGUGUUAAUGGACUGACCAAAAGCCAUGCUAAACUGACAAAAUUUAAUGGCAUGGUCCUGCUGUGUAAAGUCUGUGGAGAUGUUGCGUCAGGAUUCCAUUAUGGGGUCCAUGCAUGUGAGGGUUGCAAGGGUUUUUUCAGACGAAGCAUUCAGCAAAAUAUCCAAUACAAGAAGUGCCUGAAGAAUAACAACUGCUCUAUCAUGAGAAUGAAUCGAAAUAGGUGCCAGCAGUGCCGAUUCAAAAAAUGUUUGUCGGUUGGGAUGUCAAGAGAUGCUGUUCGGUUUGGCCGGAUUCCUAAACGUGAAAAGCAAAGGAUGUUGAUUGAAAUGCAAAGUGCCAUGAAAACCAUGAUGAAUACUCAGUUCAGUGAUCACUUGCCCAGUGAAGGUGUAAAAGAUAGCCAAGAACCAUUGCUCCUUUUGCCUCAAGAAGAGCUGAACUCCAAGUCCCAGCAAGAACAGGAACGCUUCAGUAACUCCUCUCCAGGACCCCCACCCCCUGCUCCAUCUGACAUUGCUAAGGAAGAAGUGAUUGGCAUGGUGACCAGAGCCCACAAGGAUACCUUCAUGUACAACCAGGAACAACCAGAAAAUCUUCCCAUUGUUGAGCAGUCCCAAAGUGAGGAUAGAAUUCUAAAGUACACUGAGCAAUAUAAUUCUAGUAAUCAGCCUACUAAUGGAGGGACAAACAGUGCGCACUAUGGUGGGAGUGAACAGCAUUUCUGUGGACAAUAUAAAGGACGGAACACUGUGCAUUAUCUUAAUAGCUACAACCUUUGCUUCUCCAACAGCCACUAUACAAAUCUGACAAAUGGCUUCACCAUCAAAGGUUUCCAUAGGAUGCCUGAAAAUGACUUUCAUUCAAAUGAGAUUCUGAAUACUUACACCCGUGGCACUGGAGGAAGAAUGCAUCUGGUUUGUCCAAUGAACAAGACUCCUUUAGUGGACCCAAAUAAAUCUGGUCAUGAAGUCUGGGAAGAAUUUUCCAUGAGCUUUACUCCUGCAGUGAAGGAGGUGGUAGAGUUUGCCAAACGUGUUCCAGGUUUUCGAGACCUCUCCCAACAUGACCAAGUAAACCUGCUAAAGGCUGGAACUUUUGAGGUUUUAAUGGUACGGUUUGCAUCAUUAUUUGAUGCAAAGGAACGUACUGUUACUUUUCUUAGUGGGAGGAAAUACAGUUUGGAUGAUCUUCGUUCAAUGGGAGCUGGUGAACUGCUGAACUCCAUGUUUGAGUUCAGUGAGAAGCUAAAUUCUCUGAAUCUUAGUGAUGAAGAAAUGAGCUUGUUUACUGCAGUAGUUCUUGUGUCUGCUGAUCGAUCAGGAAUUGAAAAUGUCAAUUCUGUGGAAGCACUGCAGGAAACACUAAUCCGUGCACUUAGGACCUUAAUCACAAAAAACCAUCCAAACGAAGCCUCUAUUUUUACAAAACUGCUUUUGAAGCUGCCUGACUUGCGUUCCUUAAACAACAUGCACUGUGAGGAACUUCUAGCCUUUAAAGUUCACCCAUAGGCUUUUACCUCUCUUUUUUAUUUAUAUGAUGGACUUGCUUCAUGUUCAAUGUGUGCGUUUUUGUGCUACAAUAUUUAUUUGUGUGUGUACCUUUUUGUGGAGAAGAGGAAUUUGCUGACUGUGUGUUGGUUACAUUUUCUGUUGUCAUGCAGUAAUGUUUCAGGAUCAGUGUUUUUUUCCAUCAGUGACACCAUGGCCAGAGCUUUCUUCAUGGUUAUUCAAACAAGCCCUUACAGCUGAAGAAUCUGAAUGGAUAUGGACUAUUAACUGUUGUCCCACAUCACCCCAAAUCAUUGACUUCCUCUGCUAUAAACAAGAAUAUAUGAUGAUUAUAUCUAGAAAAUCAACAUUGGGUGAAAAUACAACAGCAGCAAGAAUGAGAACAGAAAGCACUGAGCUGGACUGUCCUUCACCAAAUGGCCCAGCUUGCUUGAGGGAAACUUUACAACUAGUGAAGCCUCACAGAUGUAGGAAAUUCCAUGAGCCGACUUCGCAUAAAUUUGGUUGCUCUUGCACAAGCACACCCCUGCUAUGUGUGCAUAUGUAUAAUGCAGAUAUGUGUGUUUAUGACUUUAUAGAAAUACAGUGUGAGUGUACAUAUUUAUGUCUGUAUAUACAGAGUUAAAGCUAACAUGCAUAUAACUUCUUUGCAAUAUUUUUAACUGUGAAGAAGUUAACCAUACAAAGAAAGGUGACCUGUGGCAGCCACAAACAUGCUACAUUUGGUUGUGCAUCACUGAAGUGAAUGUCUUGAGAAUAUGUAAUGCUAGUGGAUUCCAAAUUAAUAAUGGAAAGUUGUACUUGUUAAUAUAAGAAAUACUGUGGCACAAAACACUCAGUGCUGGCCUGUUUAAUCAAACUUCUAUAGGAAGGAAAGGUACAACAUGGGCCUCACUUUUUUAAAUACCAAAUUCAUUGCAAUUAAAAUACUUCCAUGCUAUUAGGAGAACUGCUAGAUGCACUUCAGUAAAUCUGAGCGGAAACUCAAUGAUUACAAUAAUUGAUGUUGUUUAUAAUACAUUGGUGAUGACAGUAAACUAAAGAGAAUCAUGGAAAAUUCAAAGCAAGCUACCUUGAUAGUUUUGUGGUUUUUUGUGGCUUUAUACCUUUACACUACUCUUAUAUGCUGCUUGAUUGCUGCUUGAGAUUUGGAUACAAAAAAUGUGAGACGCUCUAGGUCUCAGUGUUUAUUUUAAAUGUGUUUGGUUAAUAAAAUAAUUAUAGUGGGUUCUUAA